UCCCCGGAAGUGGGUCCAGACUGGCGAGAGGGCGCAGGCGGGUGGACUAGAGCGGCGCGGUCGGGUGGGAAGGGGGCGAUCGGGCCAUGGAGGACGAGCAGAGCUUCUCGGAUAUUUGCGGCGGUCGCUUGGCCCUGCAGCGCCGCUACUACUCCCCGUUCUGCCGGGAGUUCUGCCUCAGCUGCCCUCGGUUGUCGUUGCGCUCGCUCACCGCUGUCACCUGCACCGUGUGGCUAGCGGCCUACGGACUCUUCACCCUCUGCGAGAACAGCAUGAUCCUCUCUGCUGCCAUCUUCAUCACCCUCCUAGGGCUGCUUGGUUACCUCCAUUUUGUCAAGAUUGAUCAGGAGACUCUGUUAAUCAUUGACUCCCUUGGCAUCCAGAUGACUUCAUCCUAUGCCUCUGGCAAAGAAAGCACUACCUUCAUAGAGAUGGGCAAGGUGAAGGAUGUGGUCAUCAAUGAGGCUAUUUACAUGCAGAAGGUGAUUUACUACCUCUGCAUUUUAUUGAAGGACCCAGUGGAACCACAUGGGAUAUCCCAAGUAGUACCUGUCUUCCAGAGUGCCAAGCCCCGCCUGGACUGCUUGAUUGAAGUGUACAGGAGUUGCCAGGAGAUCCUGGCACACCAGAAAGCUGCAUCAGCAAGUCCAUGAGUCCCAGCAUUUCAGAAGGCCAGUAUUGUCUUCCAUGGGAGAGGACUCCUAAGCCAUAGUGGCUGGUUUAUUUUCUGUAUUCUAAACCAUCUGGUGGACACAGCUCUAAGAACCAGGAUGGAUGCAGUGGAGCUCAGAGCCACAGAGCAGGUGACUGGAAACCUAACUCAUUGUGUGAUGUGGAGCAAAGUAUUUGUCUGUUUUAGUGAUCCCCUUGUAAGGUUCUACCUACUUUAUCGUUUGAGGGGAGACCUUAAGCAGUGGUAUAUCAAAAGUAACGACAAAGAGCACUUUGUGAAAUUCCUAAGCACAUGCAUGUUUACGUUUUGUAGAGUUUGUGGCGCAGACAUAGGACACUGACAGCAGAUCUCUUAAGAAACAUAAUUUCCUACUACACAGUACCUCUGUGCAAAAGUCGAGCCCUUCAGGUACUGGUGACUAGGAAGAAAUGUCCUACGAAAGACCAGUCUCUGUGCACCUACCUUCCGUGUUCUGUAUAGGGUUAAUUUAUGAUGACUGUCUUAAAUCGAUCCCCUUCCAAAACAUACACAGUAAUUGCCUGGUUCACAGCUGUUUUUUAUUGACAACAUGAACACAGCAUUGCAGUCAUGGAUGUCAAGCACAUUAAUACUCUGCUGUUAGUCAGCAUUGUCUAGGGUUUCGAAAACGUCUUUUGCCAAGAGGGGUGACACCAAAGGCUGGACAGAGGUUCGACUUUGGUUUCCAUACAUGUUAAAAAAGGAUAAACACACCAACUGUAGAAGUCUUUGAUUAUAAGGCAGUUUCUUCUGUGUAGAAUUAAUAAACUAUGGGAGGAUUCCUGAAGGGCUGGGAAGGAGAUAGGGUAGGGGAAAUAGCUUGACCCCCAAGUUCAGUGUGAACACAGCUCCAUCCUUGCUUUCUUUUUCCUUAGAAUCCUAAUUCUUUUUUUUUUUUCUUUAAACUCCCAGGUGGAUAACAUUAUCCUCAUGGGCCUGGAGACACUCAGGGUAUUAUAAACCAGAGCUGUAAUUUUACACCAGUACAGGAGGGGUUGUUUGGAGCCUGUGGUACAUAUGACGUGUGACUUGUUUGAGGUAGAAAUGUCUCAUCUAGUUCCUAAAUCCUGGGGGAAAGGCAGCAAUAGAAAUGAGAGAUGGCUAUAAAAUUUCCAGUCUUGCAAAGUCAAGUUCACUUAAAAGAGGCAGACACUAUCAUGUGCUGCUUUAUGUUUUUUUUCAUGCUUUUCCGUUUAAAGGGUGAGAGAGGGGAAGCCUACAGCAGCUGAGGUGUUCAGAUAACCAGUUCCAGCCUUGAAGUUCUUACAGUGUGCAACACACACACACACACACACACACACUUCGCUGAAGUCAAAGGCUUGGUUCUUAGAUGCUACUGCUAAACCCAUACAGUUUUCAGCACUUUACUGACAAAUGCUCAGACUGCCUUAGAGCUAUGAAAUAAAACUCAAGUUUCUCCAAUGCUGGAAAAUCAGUAUGAAUGAA